ACUUCAUGAAAGCGCAAUAAGACAGCACUCGUUCCGCUCAAGAAUUUGUGCGAAAGUCAUAAAAUCCGUAGAUACAAAUACCCUGUUGUUGGAUUGUCAUCAUGCCAAGUGCCCAUACAUUGACAAGUAUCUCGCCACACGCGCCUCCAUGGCUGAGAAGGACAAUCAUUAGAGAUCCAUCAAUACCACCAGAUUAUGCGUACGAACCCCCGAAAGACAACCCCCCCAGCUAUCAAGAAGCUGUGUUUUUCUCCCAUUCUUGGUUCGCGGAUCCUACGCAUACGGUGGAUCCCACGCGCCCCUCGCCACGUCUUCCUCCGGAGCUCACUGAUCGCGUACUGGAUUUUCUCCACGACGACACGCGGACUCUCAAUGCCUGUAGCACCGUAUCUAAAAGCUGGCUGGCCAGCACUCGCCUCCACCGCUUCCGCAUGGUCCACCUUGCUGACUGCCGCCGCCACAUAGCUUUUGGGCGGUUGCUUGCCCAGUUUCCCGCCGUGCUUCCUUUCAUACGAGCCGUGCGUACGUCUGGAGAUGUCAUCUGCUCGACUGAUAGUCACGCCGGCUUGCUCCCGUCCACAAUGGUUCUUUACGCUGACAACUUCGCCAUGCUUCGUGACGCGCUACCCCGACUACCCCAGCCCAUCGACCUCUCGAUGGUAUCUGCUAACCUGCAGCACGCAAAUGCGUUCACCAACGUCCGUGCGCUCACUCUGGAAGCGUGUCACUUGCCUGCGUUCACGCGUCUCGCGGAGUGGUUGUGCGUGAUGCCUGGACUCGAGAGCGUACACCUUUCCGAGUGUGAUAUCCGCGCUGAGAUCGGCCCGCCUCCGCUCGCACCCGUCGAAUGUGUCCCCGUCCUGCGGAAAGUUGCUCUGGAUAGGAGCGAGUUCUCCUCUUCCGCAGUGGUCGAGGCGUUGCUAAAGAGAGGCAUUCGCCUGGAAGCGCUGAUGAUACUCCCAAUCACCGGCUUCGAGCUGGGCAAGUGGCAACGGCUGCUCGAGGCAGCUGGGCCAUCCCUCAAGCAGAUCGCGGUCUCUGUGCUGGCCAGCCUCGAUGGCAAGCUAUUGGAAAUAUACCAGACGCUACUCGCCUCCUGCAAGGAGCUGCACACGCUGCAUUUCAUCUCGCCUGCGCUGCUUAACUUCACGUACCGGGGCUCAAAACCCCCGCUCGAGCUCGCGCCUGCUAUAUUGCAGCACGCGCUUCCGCGCCUAGAGCGCAUCGUCAUCUCCCUUGCGCAUCAGGACCUGGACAACGUCCGCGCGGAACACUGGCGAGGCAUCGCCGGCGCGCUCCGGUCUGUGCGGUACCCAUCCUUCUGUGAGGUUGUGUUCCAGACGUACGGCCGGCCGGGUGGCGACGAUAGCGUGCACCGUGCGUUCCGGGGGAAAAUUGAGCAGGAGCUGGCGGGCAUCGCCGCACUUGGUGCCUUGUCGUUCAAGUUCUCGGACAAGGUUACGGUUUCUGGGAUUUUUGAGUCAAUGUGAUUUGGGUCUUCGGGACAUUGUUUGCUGCUUGGGAGUUCGUCGUACUUUGCUUGUGUCCUUGCUCUGCUCCGCUGUCGCUCGCAAUUGCUCAUCACUCUUAUACCCGGCCAAUGCCUCAUUUA